AAGGCUUGUUAGAGAGUGGAGUUGAGUUGUUGAACAUAAUUUCAUAGUGGUUUAGUUUUCUUUCUGUCCAAGGUCAAUCAUCCACGACAUGCAAUCACAGUAUCAAUCCGAUCUGUAAUUGAAGAACCCUAACUAAUUAGGGCUUCAAUUUCGUAGAUUGAUACUGUGUAAUCAUAUUGUAUAUCAAUUCAAGGCAUGAAGAUUUGUUGAUUAUGUAUUGAUCGUUGAUUAAUUAAGAUCCACAUCCAUGGCUCCGUUCAUCAAGGAGGAGGAAGAAUUUGAUUCCAUUAAUAGCAAUCCAAUUUCGAUCACCAUCGCCGAGAAGAGAGCCGGCGCCAGUAUUGCAGAGCGACGCGCCGCCAAGUGUGGUUUCAAUGCUUCCAGUGUGAACGCGGCGGCUCUAUGUCCGCCGCCGUAUUUCACCGUGCCGCCGGGCCUCAGCCCGUCGGCGCUGCUCGAUUCUCCGGUCAUGCUGCCGAAUGCUGAGGCACAAAUGUCUCCGACAACGGGAACAUUUCAUCCUUUACCGAUGCAUGAGGGCUUGCGGCAACUGAAGAUCACUAGCGCUAGCAACGGGAAGAAGACUUGCUCAUCAGAAACCAAUUCGAUGUCCGAUAGUAAUUAUAAGGAGUUUGAACAUGGAAACAAGGACUAUGUAGAGAGCAGUGAAGUGAUGAUGUUGGAUGAUAUUGAGAAGAAGAAUGCGCAGAAAGAAGUGAGCAAGAUGAUAAAUUCCGAAGACGGAUUCUACUGGCGGAAAUACGGGCAGAAACACGUGAAGGGAAGCGAGUACCCACGAAGCUACUACAAAUGCACCAACGCAAACUGCCCCGUCACCAAGAAGGUGGAGCGCUCCCACGACGGCCACAUCGCCGAGAUUGUGUACAAGGGCACUCACAAUCACCCCCAGCCCAAGCAGAUGCCGAUCGACGUCGUCGACGAUGUUUCAUCACUAUCAUCCUCCACGCUCACCGCUGCCUCUUCAUCUAAUCACGACUUCCCCGAUCCUCCCGACCGUGAAGUGCCCGAUGUUGAAGCUGAGGCCGCCAAGAAAAGGAAGAGAGAUAGUGAGAUGACGAUGGCGGCUGUGCCGCGAUCCACCGCACGGGAACCUAAAGUGGUUGUGCAGUUAGAGAGCGAGAUCGACAUUCUUGAAGACGGUUAUCGCUGGAGAAAAUACGGCCAGAAAGUCGUCAAAGGAAAUCCAAAUCCCAGGAGCUACUACAAGUGCACGACGGCAAAUUGCCCAGUGAGAAAGCAUGUAGAGAGGGCCGCCAACGACAUAAAAUCGGUGAUCACAACCUACGAGGGCAAGCACACACACGCGGUUCCUUCGGGCAAAAGCGGCAUCAACUCGGACGCGGCGGCGGCGAAUCCGGCGCCGCCAUCAAGAGCAGCAGCAGCAGGCAAGCAGCAGCUGGUUCAAGAUUACUUGGACAGAAAGCCAAUGUUCAACUACUCUAGCGGAGGAGAUCUCAGCUUCGGAGCUUCUUCGCCUUAUCCACUCCCCAGCUUCCCUCCCUUCCACUCCAUGCCUUACGCCUCUGCCCUUGCCUACUCCAAGCUCUACCCCGAGUAUAUGCCCAUGCCAAUGCCCAUGCCCAUGCCCAUGUCGAUGCCCAUGCCGAUGCCGUCGUCGUCCCCGUCUUGCAUGCCUCCCUUCCGAUAUGGAGGGGAGCCGCAGCUCAAACCAAAGGAGGAGCAUGAUCAAUUGUAUGCUACUUGCCUAGCCAUACCCAAUAAUGGAACCAUGUAGCUGCACACACCUUGCUACCUCCAUUUUAGUUUAUUUAAUUGGGGUUUUCAACAAAUUAAAUUGGUCAUCUUCAUUUUCUUUUCUUUUUCUCCUAAUUUGUUGCUAGCUAGCUAGUAGCUACUAUUUGUUUUCACACCAGGGAAUAUCGAUCUAGGAUACAUAUAUAUAGAAUUAGCUAGCUAGCUACGGCAGCCUACAUUUAUUCAUUCAUUCAUUUCAUUCUUGAUGCAUGGCUUAGCUUGAUGAUUAAUUUGUAACCAUCAGAUUUGGAUUUAGUGGAAGAUUGGUUUGGCUCUGAA